AUCUAAGAUUCACCAAACGGUUUCUUAUCGCUCCCGACUGUGAACGCAGUAAAUCAAGGCUUUUCUAUCUGCAAACAUUCCCAAGUGCUUGAGCAGUAUAAAAAAAGGUGUUUCGGUUUAGUUUAUUUGCUUGCUGGAAAACGAGCCAUAUCGUUUGCGGUUGAUCCAAAGCAUCGAUCCCAUUAAAGUACGCCACUAAUCACCAUUUCCCGACGACCAGAUAAUUAUCCGAUAGAGAGUCAGUGCGUGGGCGUGAGCCGGGGAGCAUACUGCCACCGAAAUAGCGAUACGCGAUACGUGAUACGCGAUACACUGAUAGUGCCGGGCCAUUCAAGCGAAGAUAUUGCCAAAAUUGAUAAGCCCUAUCAUGGCAGAAUUAGCCGCACAAUGUAUCAAUAUGUAUCGCUGCUACCAAUUAUUUUCGCUGACCAAUAGCCAGGCUAAUAUGCUUGUCAGUCUUUUUCGGGAACCUAAAGCGUGUGCUUCGUUUAAUCGCAAUCAAAUAAUUUCCGCCAAAAACUCACCGUGUUAAACCGUCACAAUGUGGCUACAAUUUCGGAAUAACCAGAGAUUAUAACAGUCGUGUCAGGCUAAAAAUAUUGAAAAUUAUACCAGUGACUUAGUGAUUUAGUAAAACGCUAUAAUCUGCACGAUUGUGCAAUCAAACAAGUGUCCACUCAAUUUACAACCACUUCUUGCUAGCGAAAUAAGUGCGUAAUUCAAUGAAAAUGUUUCCAAAAUACAUAUUGGAUGUGACUUUAAUAGUGUUUCUCUUGCUGGGAAAUUUCAAAGCAAUCUCCUCUGAGUUCUCCACACUCGAGGGCAUAAUCACAGAUCCAGACUCAACGACAACGACAACAAGUGAGGAAUCCGAUGAAGCCAGCAAGGAGAAAACUGAUAUCAAGUCCCUCAUCAUGAAGUACGAAUCGGAUGACGGCAACAGAUGCCUUUUGGAUAUGAUCAAGGACGAAGUGAUAUGGUGGCUCUAUCCAAAUGGUACCCUCAAGGAGGGAACUCAAAAAUUCGCAUACAAAAUGUAUUUGGAUCUAUCGCAUGGUAACCUGAAGGAAGACUCUGAAUUGUUGCGCCGGACGAAAUUAGAGAGGAGGUUCAUCAGAUGGAGGAUAGAAGUCUUUUCGGCUGCCUUCAACACGUUGAGUGCUGCUCCAUUUAACACCCUUGACUCCAUGAGGGACUCCUUGAAGUUUCUAUCGCUGCGGGGGAACAAUUUCUCCGACCUCAUCCCAGAUGCCGAAGCCUUUGAGCGGUUCUUAAACGAGACCCGCUCGGACGUGAGUAACACUACACAACACAGGUGCGAAACACUACUCGCUUACAAUGCCACCGAUCUUUACGAUCGAGAGUGUUAUCUGUACUUUCAAAACAACACCGACACAACACACACAGCCCUAAUGGGCAUAAACUAUGAGGAGUACGUUCGGUUAUUGCUAAAGCGCUUUGAACAGCUUGGAAACAAACCGCAAUUUAUAGCCUGGGCGAGUUUCCCGAAACUUCCCCGACUUGUGGAGCUGGACAUUAGCAACUGCAGCAUCGAGUAUGUGAGCAAGGACACUUUCCGGAACGUCACCAGCCUGCGUAGACUCUUCAUGUCGGACAACAAGAUAAUGACCAUAUACCACGACACGUUCUACUACAUCCAGGGACUGCAGUACUUGGACCUGUCCUUCACCAACUUCCUGACCUACAGCUACCAACUGCAGCUGCCCACCUUGGAAAUGGCUUUGAGUCUGAUCUACGGCCUGAAGAUCCAGCAGUAUGUGUUCAAACUGCUGCCGGAGUUGGUCUACCUGGACUUGUCCCACUCGAAGAUGACGCGGAACAGUGCGGUGGCAUUUGCCCAUCUGGGGGCUAAGCUGAGGUACCUAAGUCUGUGCUACACCUCCAUUCCGAUGGUCAGCAGUACGAUCUUCAAGAACACGGUUCUCGAGGGUCUGGACUUGUCGGGGAAUCCCUAUCUGUCGUACAACGUUAUUGACGAUGCCUUCGACGGGAUAGCCGAUACGCUGAAGUAUUUGUAUUUCGAGCAAUCAAACCUAAAGGAUCUGGAGUGGGCCAAGUCGUUGAAGAAUCUGCAGGUGUUGGGUCUAGCGGGCAAUAACAUCAAUGCCCUCACUCCGCACAUGUUUCAGUCCUUGGAGUCGCUGGAGAUCCUGGACUUGAGCUCGAAUCAUGUGGGCAACUGGUACCGCAGUGCUUUCUUCAAUAACUCCGCCUUGAAAGUGUUAAACCUGAGGAGUAACACCAUCAACAUGCUGUCCAACGAGAUGCUAAGGGACUUUGAGCGGUUGGAUUACCUCAGUCUGGGGGAAAAUGACUUCAUAUGCGACUGUGGUCUGAGAGCGGUGGUGGAGUUGGCAGCCACUAAUAAUAAGGAUGCGGAUUGCUCCUACAACCUGCUGAACUACAGCCAGAAAGAGGUGGCCGAUGAUCUACUCAUGGCGGCGGAAUCACUACAUAUUGAUCGCGGACUCUGGCAAAGUCGCUACCUUCCCUGGUUGAAGAGGAGUUACACCAACGUAAAGGACUUCAAUCGAGUCAAUCAUAUCAUCAAGGUGCGCAUCUUUUCCGAGGAUCACAAGAUCUCCAAGUGCUCCUCAGCCACGCCAUAUCAUAUGGAGGAACUGGGCAGCGAUCUCAGCCUGAAAUUCCAGUUACUCGACUACGAGGCCAGUCAGUACUACUGCUUCAACAACACCGAUCAACUCCAGGUGGAUGAGCUGAACUGCCAGGUCCGAGCGAUGAGUGAUCUAGCGGAGGAACUCCACCGCGUUACGAACACGGUGAUCGCAGUGCUGGGCAGUAUCGUUGGAGUCUGCAUCCUGGGGUUCAUUGUCUACUUGAAACGCUGGCACAUCCACUACUAUUACUCAUCCUUGAAGUCCGCUGCCUUGCUGUCCAGUGCCUCGAAAGAGGCGGUGGAUAGCUUUAGCCAGAUAUCACAGAGAGAUCCCAGCGCCGUCUACGAUAUCUUCAUCAGCUACUGCCAAAAUGAUCGCCCCUGGGUGCUAAACGAACUGUUGCCGAACGUGGAGGAAACUAGGGAUAUAUCCAUUUGUCUGCAUGAACGAGAUUUUCAGAUCGGAGUAACUAUCCUGGAUAACAUUAUUUCCUGCAUGGACCGUUCGUACUCCCUUAUGCUGAUCAUAUCCUCUAAGUUCCUGCUAAGCCACUGGUGUCAAUUUGAAAUGUAUUUGGCACAGCAUCGUAUAUUUGAGGUUAGCAAGGAGCAUUUGAUCCUAGUUUUUCUAGAAGACAUUCCCCGACGAAAGCGUCCCAAAACGCUGCAAUACCUGAUGGAUGUGAAAACCUAUAUUAAGUGGCCGGCUGGCAAGGGCGAUUCGGGACCCAAAUCGGAAGAGCGAAAACUAUUUUGGAAACGCUUGAGACGAACACUUGAUGCCAUAGGCAUUAGCUCCAAAGAGGUCAAGGCUUAAAUAAAUUAUAAGCAUACCUUUAUAUUGUUUAAAGAGUUCUAGUCAGUUUUGCAAGUACCUGGAAAAUAAACAUACGUAUAUUUCUUAGAUUUUAACCCA